CCCCUCUGCCUGACGUCACUUCCGUCCCCGAAGUCACUCCGGUCCUGUGCAGUGAGAGGGGACAGCUGUGCGGAGUAAGGAGGAAUGUGUGAGAGGGGUGGCCCGGGGCGACGCUGAGAGCCGGGCCGGGGACACCUGAUAGAAUGGGAAUGGUAGGGGAGGCUGGCUCCUGGUAAUGCUCGCUCACUGUGCCAGGAUGGUCAUUGCACUGGAAGUGACACAGGAACCUGGACAGAGCGGGGACACCGGGACAGUGUCACCAUAUUGUCAGAGACAUGUGAGCUUUCCCCCCAGCCGGGACUGAGAUGAGCUAUGGACACCAGGACCAGGGAAAAGCCUGAAAGAACCUUUGAUUUGGUGCUGAAAGUAGAGUGCCCGACCUCUGAAAAUGAAGAUCCUUCCUUACUGUGGAAGUUCCCGGAGGAUUUCUCUGACCAGGAGAUGCUGUGCAUGGUGCCAAAGUUCUGCUUUCCCUUUGCUAUUGACAGGGGUACCCAGGCACAGAUGGGGCAGCACUUUACCUUUGUUCUGACUGAUAUUGAUGGAAAGCAAAGGUUUGGUUUUUGCCGCUUGACCUCUGGAGGUAAAAUCUGCCUAUGUAUUCUAAGUUAUCUCCCCUGGUUUGAAGUCUACUACAAACUGUUAAAUACACUGGCUGACUAUUUAGUAAAAGAGCAGGAAAAUGACUUGAAUGAUAUACUGAAGACUCUGUACAAUCACCCAGUUCCCAAAGCUCACACUCCGGUUAGUCUGAACCUGAACCCACUACAGUUUGUUUCAAGUGAACCUGUUAUAAAAAAUGCUUCCCCUCCGGAGUUGCAUUCGUAUUUUAUUACUCCUGAUGUAACCGGACUGCCAACAAUCCCUGAAAGUAGGAACCUGACAGAGUAUUUUGUAGCAGUUGAUGUAAAUAAUAUGCUUCAGAUCUAUGCCAGCAUGCUGCACGAACGCAGAAUAAUAUUCACCUCCAGGAAAUUAAGUACGUUAACAGCCUGUGUUCACGCUUCUGCUUCCCUGCUGUACCCCAUGUACUGGCAGCACAUUUACAUCCCAGUUCUUCCUCCACACCUCCUGGACUAUUGUUGUGCCCCUAUGCCUUAUCUAAUUGGAGUUCACUUUAGCCUUUUGGAGAGAGUGAAAAGCCGUUCCCUCGAUGAUGUGGUUUUGCUCAAUGUGGACACCAACUCUUUGGAAACUCCUUUCAAUGAUCUCUCAGCGUUACCCACUGAAGUGGUCACAACCUUGAAAAGCAAGUUGAAGAAGCAGUCUACAUCUACAGGAGAUGGAGUAUCUCGAGCUUUUCUUAGAGCCCAGGCCGCCCUUUUUGGUUCCUACAGGGAUGCUCUCCGAUACAAACCUGGGGAACCAAUUACCUUUUCAGAGGAGAGCUUUGUAGCACACCGCUCCAGCACCAUGAAGCAGUUUUUAGAAACAGCUGUCAACCUACAGCUCUUCAAACAGUUUAUUGAUGGACGGAUGGAGAAACUGAACUCAGGCCAUGGCUUCUCUGACAUAUUUGAGGAAGAAAUCACAUCAGGAAAUGCUCGGUCAUACCAACAGUGGAUGCACACCAUGAAGAAAGGAGGAGCACUGAUUAAUACAGCAGUGACUAAAGCUAGCCCAGUUAUGAAGAAUGCCUAUAUGUAUGCCAAACAAGGUAUCAAGGAGGUAAAGAGCAAACUAAAGAAUAAGGAAAUUGAAGAGGAAAAUUUGGAGCCCAUAAACUCUAAUACCUUCCCGUUAAGCAGCUCACAGCGUCCUAUCUCUGAGAGAAGGAAACUCUCACAGACACGAAUGAAUCGGCACUUGAUGAACACUGCAGACCACAACUCUGGACUGGAAGAUUCAGAUGUAGCUGACAGUGCUAGCAAAUUGUCAUCGGAAGACAGUGAAGAAGCGUCUGGAUAUUUGUAUGACAGUGACGCGUCAUAUGAUGAUGCAAGCCUUUCCUCACGUCCAGGGGGAGAGAUGGAUCUCCUGGGAGAAAUUCUGGACUCAUUAAGCACCCACAGUUCUGACCCCGGUGGAGCCCGGCUCACAGCCGCCAAGAGUCUGGACUUUUUUCGCUCUGUUGAGGAUUUAGACUACAAAGUUAUGAAGAAACCCGGUACCCCCAGCGAGGACAACUUGAGCUCACGGAGUGCAGGCGCUAGAGAAAACUGGAACUUUGGCCAAGAUGACAGUGUCCUUUACAGAAAACAUCUCUUGCCACCCCGACAGCAAAGCAGGGAAGAGGCAUCUUUUAAAGCCUGUGACAGACGCAGGUCAGAAUUCCCCACAUUUCUUUUUACUGGUGUUCCAGACGCUGACACACAAGAACGCCCCACUUCUCUCUUUUGCCAUCGGGCGGUAGAACCAGGAUACGUUGUUGGUAUCCCUUAUGAUGAGCUUCCACAGAAAAGCCUGACUGGACAGGUGCAAUGGGAAAAGGAGACCCAACUGCAAGAUUUACAAAACAGGAACCCACCUUAGUCGUGCUCGCAUAUGUCAGUACUGUCUGCUUGCUUCCAACUCGAGGUUCAGGCAUUCCAGAAGCUAGCAGAACAGCAAAACUUAAAACAUAAACGUUUAAAAUCAAUUUAACUACUGAAUCACUAAAUGUCCUGCAAUUUCAUGCAUCUCUGCCACCCAUAUCAUGCAGGAUUCUACAUCUUUUCCUUUAUUUAAGUUUUUUUUUUUUUUCUCAUUCAUGUAUUUAAACAUAACUUGGAAGAAUUUUUAAAGCAGUGUACCUAAACUUGGGCAACAGGUGGUGUUUAUGAACAUGGAUGCAACUAUCAUUUAAGGAUUUCAGUCAAAGUCUGCUGUGGUUUUUUGCAAGCUAACCAUUCUAUGGUUAUAUUCAGUAUUUGUUGAGUGUUUGAUGUGUUUUAAAGGCUUUUCCACUUACUUUAAAUUAACUCCUUCAGACCCUAAAUGUACUAAUGCAGACGGGUCAAGUUCACCCAUAAUCCUUGCGUAAGUAAUAUCUGGACCCGAAGUGCCACCAUUAUUUUAUAAUAUGUCUGCCUACGAAGACAAACCAGUAUACUGAAGAAUAAUCCUGCUGCUAUACCUGUUGGUCAAACAUGUAGGGAGACCUCUUUGUGCAUGGUAUUUUUAAAAUUCAGGUAAAGCUGAGAAAACUUUGAGCUCAAUUUAAAUUUUCAUAAUAUUAUACCUGCCAGUAAAAAUGUUCUACUGAAAUGUGAUUAUGCUUUGAUGCUCUCUGGAGCAUUUUUUCUACAACAGUUCCACAACCCUCUAACCCCAGUGUUGAUGCUAUUUAAGUACCCAUUGGACAAUGUUGAAAUUAUUAAUAUUUUUUAUCCCAUAAACAGAUUUUUUUACGUGUGAUAAUUAAAAGUAAUUUACAUAGAACAGCUGCCCCUACAAUCAAGGGCAUUACCAAAGAUUGUUACUUUCCUAAUAUAUUUCUCUGAAGACUUGCAAAACAAGACCUGAAAAUUAACAAUGGUAGUUGACCUUAUUGCCUACCUUUUUCUUUUUUUUCUUUUUGUUUAGAAAAAUAUUGUUGAAGACUAGGGUCUAUGUGGAUUAGGAUUUUUUAAAUGGUACCAAGUAUGGAAAAGUCAAUUUUGUUUUUAUUUUUUUUCCAUUGUCUUAAAUAAUGCAUUUAUAAUGUGGAUUACGUUUAUUAGGAAGAAUCUCUAUUUUCUAUAUUACUUUCAGUUCAUACCUUCAUUUAUUAGUGGCCUUUUGCAUAUUGCGAUGCCAUCUAAAAGUACAUGUAAACCCCAAACUUUAAUUUGCUAAAGAAUUGUUAUAAAGAAAUAGCUUUUUAUCCUUUGCUGCAUAUCAGAGCUGCUUUACCUCCUGCAGCCUCUUUGUAGCCACUUCUCAUCUUCCGUGCAUGCAUUCCAGUGAUGACUGCAUGACAUUUCCCAUGGUAGAUUUUCUGUUGGUGGCAACCUUGAAACAUACCUGUGAGUGUUGGCACGGCUGCGUGUAGUCUAAAAUAGGGAGAGCUUGUUAAAGGGUGACAACACAGGAGAACAAUUGCGAGACUGGGACAGAGCAUUAUCUCAGGAAGAGCUUGCAUAAAGACCAUAAUAGCGGGAUCACAAGGUACUAUAUUAAUGAAUGCUGCCGUUUUCAAUAUUUUUUUUAAAUUAUUUUUGAUGCUUCUUUGGCAUGUUAAAGUGUAUAUGAGUUAUUGGGUUUACAUUUAAUCUAAUCAGUAGCAAGCUUAUAAUUUGCCCAAUUUAUUUAUAUAGAAACUAUCAACAAACACAUUUACAGUGCCUUUUUUUCUAUUUCUAAUAUUCACUAAAGUUGGAUAUAUAAGUAAUUCUGGCUGUCACUAACCUCUAGCUCCCUUGAUAUAUGGACGUGGUUUUUCAGCAGCUUGAUGGCCAGAAUAGCCUACUUCACAAUGCUUCUACUUGCAGGAAUGUUACCUGCUAUGAUUUAUUGGAUGGAAUGGGUUUUUGGUACAUCAUUGGAUGGUCUUUAAGUGCAAUAAGUUACCACAACAGGCAGACCAGUCAUAGACAAAGCCACAAGUGUUCUAUCACAACAAAAUCAAUUAUAUUUUACUCUGUUUCCUAAAACUAUGCAACAUUAGAUAUUUAUUGUAUCAUAUAACAUUGCAGCAUAAAUGGUACGCUAAACACUUGAAACAUUGUUAGUUAUAUCACAGUAACCAUUAUUUAAUUUUUUUGGGCUAUAAAUGGUACGUAAUUUCUUUAACAUGCUUUAAAAUGAUUUGGAAAAUAUUUUAUGGGACAGAUGUAUAUAUAUUAAAAAAAAAUAACUACCUAUAAAUAGGUAUUCGUAGCUUAUAUUCUGUAACACUUGCAAUGCCAGUGCACUGUGAUAUUAUGGAGAUUUACAUAUGCAGAAGAUGUUUGGGAGAUAAAAGCCUGUAUUUAUUUGCAUAUCAGAGUCUGCUCCAGGCUGGAGUGUUUUCACACUAGGUAUAUCGGCAUUCUGCAUCUCAAAGGGAGAAAAAGUGGUAUUGGAAACAGUAGGAUGUUGGAUAAUUGUUAGGGAGAUACUGAGUGUUGCAUUUUUUGUUAAUAUUUUUAUUUUUUUUGUAACUUUUAAUGAGGGAAUAUUAUAUGCUCCAUUUUUGUUUGUUGUCUAAGUAGGAGCAUUGUUUUACUAUCUAUGCUUUAAACCUAUUUCUGUUAAUAUGGGACAUUUGCACAUCUUCCAAUAUUUAAGAAAAUGUUUGACCUUCUCUGACCCUGCCCUCUGUGGCUUUAAUUAUGCAAAACCACAACCAUUUGGGGAGAAAAGUCAGAUUGUUCUGCAAAACAACACAGUUGGGAGUAAUAUGACUGGCACAUUGCUGUCAUCUUAGGAAAAACCUGCUAUUGAAUUUCUGAUGACACUGUUACAAUUCUGUUAAUUUAUUUUUGCAAUGGAAAGUGAAAUGUAUUAAAAAACCUGUGAUUUUCAAGUUUUACAUAAGAA